CGCCUGUGGCCGCCUCGGGCAUCGAGCGGACGUCUGCCCCUCGCCGGACGAAACUAUGUGCAGGGGAUGCGGCAUCGCCAACCCGGACGAACAACACAAGUGUGACCCCAAAUGCAGGCUGUGCGGAGGCCGACACUUCACCGCUGCCAAGGAAUGCAAGCAGAGGUACCAGACGCCGUACCUCGUCAGACGCAGGCGCGGGGACCGAUCCCGAGCCAAUAGAAGCAAGUCUCCGGCCCUCGCCAUGGGCGAGCGACAACUACCGGCCGCCGCCGGUCGCUCCACGGCUCGCGGGAGCUCUAGAUCCAGGAGCCCCUCUCCGCCUUCCGGACACCGUUCCAGGUCCAGGGGAAGAUCCCGGUCCAGGGCCAGAUCUAUGUCCAGGGCCAGAUCUAUGUCCAGGGGCAGAUCCGGAAGCCGCUCCAGGAGCCGCUCUGUCUCGAGGGCCCGGUAUGGGUCCAGUGCCGGCCAGCAGAGGAAGAGAAAGUCGACGCUAUCGUGGGCAGAUAUGGUUGCUGGCGGCGCCCACGCGAGAUCCUACCGGGGCCCACGCGACCCGCUUCCAGAGCAAUCCAGGGACGCCGAGGUAGCGCGCCUUAUGAAGGAAAACGCGGACUUAAAAGAAAUGAUCAGAAAGAUGGCUAGUGAAAUGACAGAGAUUAAGAAAUUGGUAAUCAGUCAGAGUGCUACAUCCAACGCGUCGGCGCCGACCGCCACAGAAGCACCAGUUCCGGUCUGCGACUCGGCCGGCGCCGCCAAGCGUAGGGCAGUUUCCAGUAAGGACGAUUCAGACUCGCAAACUUAUGAGAUCAAAGGCAUGCUGGCUACGCUCACUAAGAGUGUGCAGCAGUUACAACAAGGCUUAGCACAGGUGCAAGUCGCCCUUGGAGAUCCGAGGAGAGGCCUAGGCGCGCUGGCCGAUCGCAUGGACGCCCUCGAGCGUCUGGUGAUCCCGAAUAAUAAUACGUCCGUAACUCCGAUGCAGGUUGUUGUUCCGAACGCGUCGGGGACUCAGAUCAGGGCUACGAGCACACCGGCUCGUCAGAGUGGGGGGAACUUCUUGCGUGCACCUGUGCUUACAGCGGGUACCCCGGACACUUUAUCUAAUCAUGGAUAGUUGCAAAGA